GACCCCGCACAUCAGCCCCGCCGACCCCGCGGAUCCGUUGACGGCCACCCACCGGCCAACACUCGCGAGCAUUUCCCCCGCACUAACGACCCGCCAACGCGCCGGACGUUGGCCGCACUAACAACCCGGACGUCGACCGUCGGCCUUACCACGCACUCACGUCACUGGCUGCUGUGCAGCCUACUUAUACGCGGCCUGAGCUGCAGGAGGGCGUUCAUUUGCUCGCACGACAAGCCGCUGUACCCUUCAACAAUUGUCGCCUCCUCGAACGACUGCCGUCUCGUUUCGACCGUUCAGCGCAUACCCGACUGUACUGCGGUAUUAAAUACUUCUGCGAGCGACCAUGGACCCCACAAUGGCCGCGCCACAUCUCGACGUCGACGCGAAGCUCGGCUCAGCGUUUAUAGGCUGCGUUAUGGCGGGAAUUCUCUACGGGAUCACCUGCUUCCAGACGUAUAACUAUCACAAGGGUCGCUUCGAGGACCCAUGGACGCUGGAUGCGUUCGUGUACUCGUUAUGGACACUUGAGACCAUCCACCUCGGCCUCGUCAUGCACGGUUGCUACUUCUACAUGGUCACGAACUACAACAAUCCUGCGAGCAUGAUCAGCCCGACUUGGAGUCUCUUGACACAAAUAUUCGUGACCUGUGUGACGGAUGUCGCCAUCCGAGGAUUCUUCGGCCGCCGCGUCUGGAUCUUGACAGCUCAGCGCAACCGGCCGCUGGCCUACGUGCUGGUGUUCUGCAUUGGCGCGUCUUCACUCCUGACGUUUUCAUCCGGCGUUGCCUUCGGCAUCAAAGCCUUCAUGGUCGGCACAUUCGCUGCCUUCAAUGAGAUCUCCUACCUGCUCUACACCUCUCUCGGCAGCGGCGUCGUCGCCGACGCCUUCAUCGCCGUGUCCAUGUGUGUCCUGCUCUCGCAGAGCCGUACGGGUCUGCGCAAUACGGACUCGGUGAUCGAUACCCUGAUGAUGUAUACCAUCAACACCAGUGCCUCUGACGAUCUCUGCAGCGUAUGCUCGGCCGCUUGUUUCAUCAGCUACGCGGUCCGCCCGGAUGAGUUCAUAUUCUUGGGCAUUUACUUCGUCCUAAGCGAAUUCUUUAUCAACAGUCUUCUUGCAUCUUUGAAUGCACGCACAAUCAUCAGGAGCAGAAGUACGGCAAAGUCCGACACGCCAGCGGCGCGCACUGUCACCUUGCAAGCAUUGCCGAGAGGGCAGGCAUCGACCGACACGUCAAUGUCUUUUCCCACAGUCAAGACAACAGACGCCUACUCCGUUACCUCACCUAGAGGGACGGUCGCUUACGAUUGCUCGCCUGGAAACUUCAGAGAGCAUCUCGAGUACGACAUGUCAGUGUGACUGGAGGGCCGUUUGGCGGGGUGUAUGUAUGAUAUGUAACCAAGGGACAAUGCUUAUGCGUGUAUGUAUCUUAGCGAGGACGUUUUACUGUCUUGCCGACCUCUGAACGCGCAUUUUGUGAGGUAAAGACGAAGUUCAACAUGGAGUCAUGUGACAGUCGGCAUAUUCCGGA